AUGGCUGCAAUUAUAAGAGAUGGACCGGUAGAAUCACCACAGCAACUACAAAUCUUCGUCUACGGCACGCUCAUGGCCGCACCUCUCCUUGCAUGGGUCCUGACAGGGUCGUCCGCUAAUGCCUCCUCCGUCCUCUCCAAGCGGAAAAGGGCACACAUAUCCGGCUUUGCACGCCACCCUGUCCUUGGAUCCGACUAUCCCGCCCUCGUGCGCGCCACAGAAAGUUCAAUCGUGGACGGUUAUCUCGUAUUUCCCAAUAACCAAGCGGAGUGGAACAAACUUGACAAUUUCGAAGGUGAGACGUAUACGAGGACAACGGCUGAAGCUAUCGGCGAGGAAGAUGGCACACGGGUGGAGGCGUACGUUUAUUUGUGGGCAGGUUCUGGGGAUGCGCUGAGCAGCGGCGAGUGGGACUUUACGUACUUUGAGCGGCAAAGGUUCGAGGGUUGA